AUGGAGAUGUUGAAGAAAAUCCAGGUGAACAUUCCAUCGAUUGACGCCUUGAAGGAGAUGCCUGGUUAUGAAAAAAUGAUGAAGGACUUGAUGUCUAUGUUCGAUUUUCAAGACUUGGCCAUUGUUACACUAACUCAUACAUGCAGUGUUGUCGUGGCGAGACCUAUAGCUGAGAAGUUUUCCGACCCAGGGAGUUUUACAAUCCCAUGCACAAUAGGUAACUAUGUUUUUUCUAAAGCACUAUGUGAUUUGGGGGCGAGCAUAAACUUGAUUCCCCUGGCUGUCUAUAAAAGGUUAGGCAUUGGAAGAGCAAGAACCGCAUCCAUGUUACUACAGCUAGCUGACCGAACGGUGAAGAGGCAAUCAGGUAUACUUGAUGAUGUGCUGGUGCAGGUUGGAAAGUUUGUGUUUUCGAAAAAUUUUGUCAUUCUGGACUGCCGGGUGGACGAGGAAAUUCCCAUAAUUUUGGGGAGGUCAUUCUUGGCCACUAGGAGAGCUCUAAUUGAUUGUGAAACUGUAGAGCUAAAAAUGAGAUUGAACGAUAAAGAAAUAAGAUUCAAUGUGUAG